CAAACUUACGAGCGUUUUUGAAACAGUUUGGUACUGGCUACAGUAAACCUUCAACAAUCAAAUGAGUUCGGUCGUUAGAAGAGCUUCUCAUGCUGGUAGUUGGUAUUCUUCAGACCGUACUAAGCUUAACAACCAGUUGCAGAAAUGGUUGUCUGAAGUAACUGUUGAUCGACAACCAGCCCGUGCUAUCAUUUCACCACAUGCGGGUUAUGACUAUUCGGGGCCUUGUGCUGCGUUUGCGUACAAACAAAUAGACCCUCGUCACAUUAAACGUAUUUUCGUAUUAGGUCCUGCACAUUAUAUGAGCCUCAGAGGAAAAUGCGCUCUAUCCACAGCGGACUUCUUCGAGACUCCAUUGUAUUCCUUGUCAAUUGGUAGAGAUGUAUACCGAGACCUCGAAAAAACAGGAGAGUUUGUUAGUCUCACUUUGGACAAAGACGAAGAAGAGCAUUCCAUAGAAAUGCAAAUGCCAUAUAUAGCAAAAAUGAUGGAAGGUUACCAAGGCAAAUUCUCUGUAGUACCAAUUUUGGUAGGAUAUUUGACUCCAGAAAGGGAAGCAGUUUAUGGUCAGAUUUUCUCUCGAUACCUAUCAAAUCCCGAGAACUUCUUCGUGAUAUCUUCUGAUUUUUGUCACUGGGGAAAAAGGUUUCAGUACACCUACUAUGAUCAAAGUAAAGGAGCAAUCUGGCAAUCCAUACAAGCACUUGAUGAAACGGCCAGUUUCUCGUUAUAUGCAUUUACAAAACGCGAAAUAUGGCAUCAGACACCUUUUUCGAUCUCUACUUACAUAUCCAGUUAUAUGCAACGUCCGGCCAUUGCAGUCCGCAUACUGAAGUUUGAAAGGGGGUUAUCUAGACACGCAAUUAUUUGGUAUAACGAUACAAACGACACCAUUAAACUAACUAAUUUCUCUUUAAAUUCGAGGUGGUGUUGGAAAAGUAGAUUUUGCUUUACUUUACAGGGUACUAUUACAUGUAUUUUCUUACCAUUACUUAAUAAUUGGAUUAUGUUUUCGUAUUCUGUAUUCUAAGCUUCUGAUAGAUUCAAGUUGUUAUUAUUAUUCCUCUCUUUUUUCAAGUUGGUAAACUAUGAUUUUCUACCUAUAGUUUUUUUGCAUCUACUAAUGCGUGUAUGUAAACUGAUGGUUGGUUUACAUAUAGUAGAGGGUUGUCUGCUUAUUGUGUUCUACGGAUUCAAUAAUGGGAAAUUGUGCUUCUUAGGCCAACAGGCGUUAAGAAUUAUCUAAGUCACUACCUCAAGGUUAAUUGUUGACAGUCAGUAUUAUUGGUUAAACCUUAUCUUUGAUCUAUGAGCGAAAAGUAAACUCGGUCUCCCAAAUAGUAAACCGGCUUACAUUGUUGGAUUCGUGUCUAGUGAUUCUGGUCAAGAGCAAUCAAGGAUGCAACACUUCACCGUACCACUAGCAGGAAAAAAGCAUUCACACCGUCCCAAUCACAUUGGCAGAUCCAGGUUUAAAAUCCUUGUCCAAAAGUAUGUAUAACAUCAAUAGAUUGCCAUUAAUUAUAUGAUAGAGUCAGAGGUUGUGGUUGCCACAAAUGAUUCGGCUUUACUCUGAGAAGACCUUAGCUACAUGAUAAUUUUCAUUACUAUCCAAAACUAAUAUCUAGACUUCUUUUUGUUUUACUGUCGAAGCACAAUUUUCUACCGUUGCCAACAAUAUGACUCCCAUAGACCCUUUAGUUUUUUACUGUCCUUCAAUACAUUAACAAAUUCGGCUCAUUUAGUGUUACCUGGAAUGAUAAUAAUCUAGUCUUAUUCUGUAGUUAUCUGAAAACAUUUCUGCCAUAGAGAUGCUGUGUGGUCUCGUUGAUACCUAGACCUCCAACCUAAAAAUCAUCUAACAAUGCAAAUCAUUUUUCUAUCCAUCACAUCUGUCGUAGGCAAGAUGAUGGUUUGUAAAUGACUCAUCAUAAUACGCAAAUCAAUACCUGGCACAUUUGUAUAUUGAUUCAACUUGUCACCCCCCUUCAUUGGCAUAGCGAGAUAAAAUUGUCAAGACGAAUUCCAGAGUAACAGAUAUAGCAAGUAUGAGUGGUUAUAAGAAAGAUUAAGGGUUGAAGAUACGAUACGUGAAUAAAUAUCGGCCAGUGGAAUAAAAAGAUUUACCAGGUAAUUUAGAAACUUGAAAUCUAAGGAAAAACAGUGAACGGAUUGUAUACCAUUGUCAAUAAUUUUGAAUCCCUAACCAUAAGUUACGAUAAUCACGCGGACCCCAACCGGGCAGUCUGCAUCUACUUACACUAGUCAGUGUACUGAUGACAUGUCCUGGUCCUUAGAUUUCUUUGAACCUACUUCUACCCCCGCUAUCAUCGCAAGUCGGGGCAAUCAAUGGAUAGGUGUACGUAAUAGUUGUUCUGUCUCGCUCAAUGGAGAUUCACUUUACCAUUCUUACCUGGUAUUUUCAAAAUUGCUAAUUCGAUGGUUCCAAAAUAUAAGAAUGAUGCCUCGAAUACACUUAUGAUUAAAUACUGUAAAACCUUCAGAUAUCCUUUGCGUUUAAAGGUCACUUUCCUCAGCCAUAAAGUAGCGCAGAGCGAACUGCCAUACAGUAAACCCGUUUUUUGGUUGACAGAUAUCUCGUCUGUGCGAGAAGUGACGCAAGCUGGCAAACGCCAGUUCAUUAAAUUUAAACUGAUUCAGUGCGUUGAUUCUUCCAUUUCGGUGGAGUUCUAGAUGGUUCGCUUCCUGAUGAACUGUGACUGAGAAAGCAGAAGCCCAUAUGGUAUGGACCAUCCUUACAUAGGUGAUAGUGUCAAUAAGACACUCCGAUUUCUACUAAAAACGAGCGAAUUGCACAGCAGUUUGUCUGUUGCGUCAUCUAAGAACUAACUUCAAGAUGUGUAUUUUUAAGAGUAAUUAAAUGCAUUAUUUUUUGUGGCUCUCGAUCCUUUAAACUUUUAGGGGAUGGAGUUAAUUGAGCGACUUGCUCCUUCUGAAUUUACAAGUUACUUGGAGCAAUAUGGUAACACCAUAUGCGGACGACACCCGAUAGGCGUAUUACUGCAAAUCGUUACGUAUUUACGCAGGAAUAUGCCCAAUAACAAUUUUAACAUGAAGUUUGUACGAUAUGCCCAAUCAGAACACUGUAAUAAUAUGAACCAAUCAUCUGUCAGUUAUGCAGCUGGUGUGCUACAAAUAUCUUGAUAUAAGUAACUUUUCCUGGAUAUUAUAAUAUGUGUAUCGAUGUUUACAUUAAAGUAAAAAGUCACAACUUUAGGGAUUGUCAAUUUUACUUCAAUAUAUAACAAACUUUUUCUU